AGAUACCCUCUUUUACUGGGCUGCUACCAAUUGUCUAACUUUCAAUCCAAUGAAGUGCAAGUUCAUGGUUGUAACACGGAAGAGGAACUCAGUGAACCCACCAACUCUGACCCUUGGCUCCCAUGCCAUUUCUCGUGUCUACCAGUAUACCUACCUAGGUGUCAUUAUAUCAGCUGAUCUCUCCUGGGGUUUGGACAUGCGGAUGUCGUCAAGUUUUUUAUAAAUGAAGCG